CCCUCCCCCCGCCCGACCGUCGCCGCGCCAUCCCCGCUGUUGCUGUCGCCGCUGCCCAAGCAUGUCCCUCGACCGCUUGCUUACCUUCCUCUUUGGAGCCGCGGUCGCCGCAUCAGGCAGCGGAUCCGGCUCGGAUCCCCGGUGCACGGUCGACCGGUCGACUGGCGAUUUCGUCCUCGGUAUCCUGCUCUUCUUCGGCACCAUUAUCUCCUUCGCCCCGCAGCAUUGGCGGCUGAUCGCCAAGCGCUCGCACAUCGGGCUCUCCUACUCCAAGGUCAUCCUCGGCACCUUCACGGCCACCUGCGGCGUGGGCUACUACUCGAUCCUCGAGUUCCACAACGCCUUCCGCUGCUGCACGGACUCCUUCACCUGCUUCGACAACCUGCUGAACUUCCUCCAGCUGGUGGCCAUCUACGCCUGCGACCUGUUCAUCCUCUUCCUCUACAUUUGGUUCUUCGACUUCCGUGGCCUCAAGAGUACCGGCGUCAAUGUCCGCCGCGAGUGGCGGAUCACCCUCUGGGUCAUGGCGGCGCUGAUUGCCUACAUGAUCGCAGUUUUCACCACGGUCGCCGUCCUUGCCUGGGCCUUCGACAUCUAUGGCCCCGCGGCCCAGACCAUCGGCAGCAUCCUUGUCCUGGGGUCCGCCAUCGGCCAGCUCACCCAGUGGUGCCCGCAAAUCUACACCACCUGGAAGCUCAAGUCCAUCGGGUCCCUCUCCCUGCCGAUGGUCCUGCUCCAGUGCAUCGGCUCCGCCAUCACGGCCUACUUCAUCAGUACCGUGUCGCCGCCGAUGCUCUGGAUGCCCUUCCUGAUUGCCACCUUCCUGACGGCCAUCAUCUUCGUUGAGGGCGGGUACUUCUGGUGGCGCGAGCGCCGUCUCGGUGAGGCUGGCAAUGCCGAUCUCACGCAGCCGCUGAACGCCCACUCGGCCGAGGGGUCCCCCUCGGACGAAUUCUCCCCCUCUCCUGAUGGCGGCGCCGGCGCCUCGCCGGCCCAUGGGUCCCUGGCCCAGGCGGUCGGCGGGAUCAACACCGCUGAUGGGGACCUGGUGGCCGCCGGUGGGACUGCCGGCGGCCCGGCCACGGGCUUGGACUUCUCCGCGUCCAUCACCGACUCCCUGCUGUCGCGGUCGUGCCGUUCCUGCGGGCAGUACAUCGCCGACAUCGAGUCUGUUCUGGACAACAAGCUCCUGUGCGCGUCUUGUCGCGCGGCGGGCCACGGGCCCGGCGGCAGCAAGCCGACCAGCCUCCACCAGCAUCCCUCCUAUGUCAGCCACCCGUCCUACGGGUCGAUCACCAUCACCGCCCAGACCUCCCUCAGCAUGCAGUCGCAGCCGAGCCUCGAUCCGGCCGAGGACAGCGACGAUGCGGCCCCCGCCGGCGACAGCCAAGUCCCCGAAGACAUUCCGAUGACCCCGACAUCGGCCGCCUCUUCGCAGGCCGCCGGGCAGCAGCAGCAGCAGCAGCAGCAGCCCGCGCAGUCCCCCGCAGCCAGUCCCCGGCUGGGCCAUCGCUUCCGCCGCCUUAGCGACACGGAUCUCGGGCCUGAUGACUCGCGUGACGUGGGCAGUAUCUUCCCCGCCUCCUAG